AUGCUGCCCGCUGUUCAGCAAAAGCUGAGCGAUAUCUUUAUAUAUCUUGAGGUGAGACAGCGCUGGGUGCUCUGCUGCUUCACCUUCCUGGCCAUCAUCAAUACCUACACCAUGCGACUGUGUCUAGAUUUUUCGCUGAACCGAAUCGUCUUGGAGUGUGGUGGUGCUGGGCAGGAUCAGAGGACUAAAGUUCCACAAGUGCUUAACCCAAAGGCACUGCCCAACUGGCGUUUGGAACUGGCGAUGAGAUUGAAUCAAACAGAAUAUAAUUUAAGGAGCAGGUUAAAAGCAGGCAAGGAGCAGCCAAAUCCGGGACAGAAGAAAAGCUACAAGAGGCAGCGGAAAAGCAAGGAGACUGCCACUGAUUCCCCUGAUCAGAUGAGUUCCCCCGAAAGGAUUAGCUGCUCAGAGCUGUGGUCUAGUCAAACCCAAUCCCUUGUGGUAAUGGCCUUUUAUGCCGGCUAUGUACUAACCCACGUUCCGGGUGGACGACUGGCGGAGCGAUAUGGAGGAAAGUGGGUCCUCGGUGUGGCUAUACUCAGUUCGGCGAUGCUGACACUUCUUACGCCCGCUGCAGUGCGUCAUGGUGGUCCGUAUGCCCUGGUGGGCGUCCGUCUCCUGGUCGGCCUUUGUGAGGGUCCUUGCUUUCCGGCCGUGUGUGCCCUCCUGGCUCAGUGGGUCCCCGAACAGGAGCGAGGAUUGCUGGCCAGCUGCGUUCUCAGUGGCGGCGAGAUUGGAAUCACGAUGGUCCAGUUGGUCAGCGGAUUGGUUGUAGAGGAGCAAGACUGGCCCGUGGUUUUCUACCUUGUUGGAGGAGGAGCUUUUGUCUGGUUCUUGGGAUUCACCCUUGUUUGUUUUAGUACUCCGGAUCAUUGUCCAUUUAUCCAGAGCGAAGAGCGCGAUUAUAUUAGGUGCAAUACGAGCACCUCCCUGUUGUUAACUAGCAGAGAAAGAGUAGUUAUUCUGGAACGGACAGAUGGAGAAGAAGCUGAAGAAGAGGAAUUCCGCAGAGAAGUGGAAGCUCCAGAAGUGGCGUCAUCCAACACAGCCCCUUGGAGGAGCAUGCUGACCAGCACACCGCUAUGGGCACUGGUUUCCGCCUCCAUGCAGCAAGAGUUCCAACAGAAAUUGCCCCAGGAGCUGAAGGUUGUGCUGGACGAAUUAAAAACCCGUAACAGCAGUUUGUCGGAUGAACUCUCCACCGCCAUCGAGUUGAUAGCCCCUCACAUGGGCAACUGGUUAGCUUCGCUAGCCACAGGCCGCCUGAGCGAUGUGCUAAUCGAACAGGAGAUCCUCACGCGCACUCAGACGCGCCGUCUCAUGUCCUGGCUGGUCUUCAUAUGCGGUUCCAUGUACAUGCUGCAGAUCAGGGUAAACGGGGCUCGCAUCUGGAGUGUUCUGGCCAUGGGCGCCUACUAUGCGAGCAUCAAGCUUCUGCCUCUGGAUAUGAGUCCAAACUAUGCCGGCACUUUGAUGGGCAUCUCCGGCGGAAUGGCGGCCCUGCCCACCCUCUUGUCGCCCUUUCUGGAGCAACUAGAGACGGAUUACCGCCUGGUGAGCAGCGUGAGGGCCGCCAUGUGGGUAAUCGGCGCCAGCUACAUUUCCGGCGAUGUGCAGGCUUUCAACCAACCAGAGCCCGAAUCGGAGCCAUAA